AUGCCAAGGCAGAAUCUUCUCUAUGAACUAAACCUGCAUAAGUAUUGGCAAACCAAUCAUGCAUCUGAGACAUUGUGGGCAAUUAAGCUCUCCAUGGAUACAAACCAGAUUGUCAUGGCAAAAGACACUACGUCCGCAGCAGCAGAAGAAGUUAACGUUGUUGCCAACGACCAUCUCUUGUCCGAAAUCUUGAGACGCUUACCCAUUAGAUCUCUUUUUCGAUUCAAAUCUGUAUGUAGACACUGGUUUUCUCUAAUCGCCGACGAUCCCCAGUUGGGUCUCCGUCAGAAUCCAGAUCCCAGUUCAGUUUCUGGCCUGUUUUUGUACCCUUCCUUUAUUGGCUUUAGAUUCUGGAAUAAGCACACCGAAAUGGAUAAUCCAGGUCUUGAUUUCCUUCCCUUUUACAGUGAAAAAGUCCCUCCUGAUCCCACUUUCAUUCCCAAUCUUUCAGGCCUAAUCAUUCUAAGCUCCUGCCAUGGACUGCUAUGUUGCUUAGGCUACAACGAAAUCGACCAAAAAGGCGGCUACCAUAUUGUCAACCCCACCACCAAGCAAUUCAUUACACUUCCCGAUCCCCAUCUCGAUGGCUUUGAUGGCCUGAAUUUAGCUUUUGAUCCAUCAAGAUCUCCAUUCUACAAAGUGGUAAACAUCUGGCACACCGAUGAAACUUUACCAACAAACCCUAAUGUCAGCGUGCUCAAGUUUCAGAUUGAGAUCUACUCCUCGGAAACCCGCUCUUGGAGGUCCUCUGGCGAACCUUUUUUCAUCACCGCCGAUGUUCACCAUCUCAAUUUCUCCGGUGGGAUUUUCUGGAACGGCGCUUUACACUGGUUCCCUGAUGUGGGUGAUGGAUUCUACUUCCACGUCGAGCAAGAGAGGCUCGGGAGGGUGCCGGAGAUAACGGAACGAGAGGGCAUGGCUUGGUACGACAGGAGCGUAAUGUCUCCGGUGGUGGCGCACGACCACUUCCAUGUCAUCGAGAUUUAUGGAUCAACGGGGUCUCAGAUAGAUGUCUACGAGAUGGAAAAGGAUUACUCCGGCUGGUUCGUGAAGUACAAGGUUGAUCUUGACUCGGUUGUGGCUGCGUUUCCUCAGAUGGGGCCGAUCCUUAGCGCCGGCCGGCAGCACGAGGCUUAUUCAGUGCUUUCUCUCGUCGGAGACGAGAACGACGAAGAGUGGUUUCUGGUGCUGCACGUUCCUGGGAAGAUCAUACGAUACAAUCUUGUGGACAAGUCUUUCGGGAUCAUACAGGAUGUGGGCAUGAACGAAACUUCUCUGAGAUACUUCAGUGCAAUUCAUCACAUCGAAUCUUACGCUAAUGUUUGA